CGGAAGCCGCGCUGUGGCGGGAUCAAGCCCGCGCCCAAGAUGGCGGCGGUCACCAUGAGGCUGCCGCAGGUCCGCGGGCCCCUGGGGGCGAGCGCGCCCCGCGGCGCCGAGAAGCACCUGGUGGCACCGGGGGACACCAUCACCACGGACACGGGAUACAUGAGGGGCCACGGCACGUAUGUGGAGGACGACAAGCUCAUCGCCUCGGUGGCCGGCGUGGUGGAGAGGGUGAACAAGCUGGUGUGUGUGAGGGCGCUGAAGGCCAGGUACAACGGCGAGGUCGGCGACAUCGUGGUCGGCAGGAUUACGGAGGUUCAGCAGAAGCGAUGGAAAGUGGAAACGAAUUCCAGGCUGGAUUCAGUGCUGUUGCUGUCGUCUAUAAAUUUACCCGGUGGGGAACUGAGGAGAAGGUCAGCAGAAGAUGAGCUUGCCAUGAGGGAUUACCUGCAGGAAGGGGACCUCAUCAGUGCAGAGGUCCAGUCUAUAUUUUCUGAUGGGGCUGUGUCACUGCACACCCGGAGCCUGAAAUACGGGAAGCUUGCCCAGGGUGUGCUGGUUCAGGUCUCUCCCUCCCUGGUGAAACGCCAGAAGACUCACUUCCAUGACCUGCCCUGCGGUGCUUCCGUGAUCCUUGGCAACAACGGCUUCAUCUGGAUCUACCCAACCGCGGAGCAGAAGGAGGAAGAGGCCGGGGGCUUCACCACCAACUUGGAGCCGGUUCCCUUGUCUGACCGGGAGGUGAUCUCACGGCUCCGGAACUGCAUCGUGGCUCUGGUUACUCACAAGAUGAUGCUCUUUGACACCAGCAUCCUGUACUGCUAUGAAGCAUCCCUUCCUCAUCAGAUCAAGGACAUUCUCAAACCAGAGGUGAUGGAGGAGAUCAUUCUGGAAGCUCGACAGAGGUUGCUGGAUUUGGAGGGAUAGGGCACAUGGCCAGAAGCAGUCAUUUGAAAUCCCAGCAUGGCAGCUUUUGAUUCUCAGUAUUAUAUAUUCUUUUCAGUGUUCCAGUCCCCAGCAUUCAUUCCACACUUCAGAAAUCACCAAAAUUCCUCAUUCCCAGGAUAUCUCCUGAGUCCUUUUAGUACAAUAGGACAAAGUAGUACUUAAGUCCAAUAGCCUUUUAGUGCAGCAGCCUGAAAAAUUGAUAUCUGACCUUUAUAAAGAUGCAGAUGCAACUGGGACAUGUCUCCUUGCACCUGUUGCUGUGUCUAGUGCCCCAUAAAUUUGUGCAGAAUGGGAGAGGAAGGGAUGUGUUUUGUGAUGUUUCUCUCUGCCCAGAGGAUGGUUUGGAUUUUAAUUUACCGUAACACAGAUCUGCCAGUCUGUCCUCUGACAGAGCCCUCGUUUUUAAGGCUCUGUCAGAGGCUGUAGAUCCAGGCAGAUGUGUUUUAGAGAACAGGAGUAUCCACACCCUUGCUAACCACAAUUUGAGUCUGGCUGUUCAUGGCUUUUUCUCAGGGUUAUGAGAGGGGAUGUGACUGUUGCUGUCCACAUGAGCCAGGAGCCAUGGACAAGCUGUGUCCUAGUUUGUGUACAUCCUGCUGGUCUCUUAUUUUUUUUAUGCCUGACGUGGUGAGCUCCUCUUCUGAGGAGGCACCAGAAUUGUUUUGUAUUAAAUAUUUUACAUUUCAAUAAAUUUUUUUGAAACAAA